CCUGAGAGGCGGUUAGUUCGAGAUGAUUUUUUUAGUGUCCCGGACCGUGUGAUUCUGUGGAGGGCCGCUCCCGAUACCUAGCCAGUGCCGUCCUAGCUUCAGAAGCAGGCUUUUGUCUGGUCUGGAACUACCCUCGGUUGGGCGCUUCUCCUUUACGUACCGACCACAGGACGUGUUUGAACUCGGUCUCAGACCCAGGAGUCACAGAUGCCUGGACAUAUGUGCCCCCUCAGGAAGCAUCGCAAUAUGACAGAGUUGCCCCUGGCAUUAAACCCCAGGAAGAGCAAGGACGUAUUGGCAGUGCUGGCGGAGAGGAACCAGGCCGUCGUGCCAGUUGGGGCAUGGGUGGAACCUGCCUCACCAGACGGCUCUGAAAUCCCAGCAUAUACUUCAGCAUGUAUAAUUGAAGAAGAAUUAAAGGAACAAUUAAAAAGAAAAGAAGAAGCUUUGAAACAUUUUCAGAGACAAGUCAAACACCGUGUCAAUCAACAAAUUAGGCUGAGAAAAAAGCAACAGCUUCAGAAGUCUUAUGAAGCAGUAAGUUCAAAAGCAGAAAAAGGUGCUGUAGCUGUGCGAUCUUUUGACCCGGCACACUUAACUCCUAAAAGGACAAGUGUUUUUCCAAGCAAUUUGAAUGCUGCUUUUGGAAGUUCUAGGUUACCUCCGUCCCAGAUGCUUGGGGAUACCAUAGAAGAUGGAGAAAAUCAGAGUGAGCUGUUUCAACAACAAGCCCAGGCUCUUAGUCAGACCAUGAAACUGGCCCGUCACCGGCUGGCAUCUUUUAAAACUGUGAGUGGAAAAAUGGCAGCUGUGUUUCCAAAUGAUAAAAGGAAAGCCUCUGCUGUCCAAGAGAAAGUAAAAUUCAAAAAUCCAUUAUUUGUUGUGAUGGAAGAGAAAAAACAAAGUCAGUGGCACUGUCAGGCUCUUGAGAAUCUUCCACCAGGAUCCCAGGGUGAUGUGAUGGAAGUCCAGACUGUUGGGCCUGAAGCUCAGACUGUUGGGCCAGAUACUCAGGCUGUUAAGCUGGCAGUUCCAUCUGCUGAGCCAGGAAGCCAGGUCAUUGAGCCAGAAGGCCAGGCUAUUAAGGCAGAAACUCAGGAAGUGAUGUUAAAAACUUGUAAUAUCAAGCUAGAAGAUGAAAAUAUUGAGUUGGAAACACAGGAUUUUGUACCCCUAAAUCAAGCCUUUCUACCUAAAGACCAAGGUAUUCUACCUAAAGACAACUGUGUUUUCCCUGAAGGUCAGAGUACUCUACACAAAUAUCAGGACCAGAAUUUCCUAUGUAGAAACCAACAUGUUUAUUUAAAAAAACAGGAUAUUCUACUUAAAUGUCAGGAUAAGGAUUUUCUACCAGAAGACCAGAAUUUUCUUCUUAGAGACCAGUGUGUACUUCCUAAAGACCAGGAAGACUUUCUACCUGAAGACCAGAGUUUUCUACCCAGAGACCAGUGUGUUCAUCCUCAAAGUAAGAAUAUUCUACCUAAACAUCAGGACCAAGAUUUUCUACCAGAAAGCCAAGAAUUGUUCUCCAAAGAUCACAAUAUAAUACCCAACUCUCAAGACCAGGAUUUUCUUUGCAAAGAGCAGAGUGUUCUCCGUAAAGACCAGAAUACUCUAGGCAAAUGUCAAAAACAAGAAUUUCCAUCUCAAGAUCAGAAAGCAGAUUUGAAGCAGCCAUCAUCCAUUCUGAUGGUCAGACAAGGGAAGGAGGGUGUUCCUCUGGAUGCCCUUCAGGAUCUGCGCAGGCAUCAUCAGGGCUCCUCCAAGGACAAGGACAGGUUUCUCAACCAAACCUCAUCUUUUACGACAGAAGAAAGAGUAAGAGAGCAGUUGCCUUUGGAGUAUCAUCAGUAUGUUCCACCUAAGAUCCAACACAAAUCCUCCUCUAGACAACAGAGUUUACAUGCUAUGCAGAAAGUGUCUACUGGGACAGCUGAACAACUGCGAGAGGAUUUGCGUGUGGGUGACCAUCAGCUUCUUGCAUCCAAGGACCAGAGGGGCCCUUGGAGUGGACAGCAGGUUUAUAAGUAUCAGUCAGGAUUGAGUGCUGAAUUCCAAGCUUCACUGGACAUUCAUUCUGGAAUGGAUCUAGAAGAAGAAAAGAAAGAGCGUCAGAAGCAGUACCUGAGACACAAAAGGCUUUUUAUGGAUAUUGAAAGAAAACAAGUAAAAGAACAAAAACGGCAAAAGGAACAGCAAAAGAAGAAAAUUGAAAAAAUUAAGAAAAAGAAAGAACAACAUUACAUUGAAGAGCAGAGGAUACUAAGACUGACUUCCCAUGAAGCACCAUUUUCAGAGCAGGAAAUGAGUGACAGUUUAGGCCAGUUGCAACUUGAAGGUGCCAGAGAAAAGCAGCAACGGAGGGAAAAAGAGUAUGCAAGAUAUGUAGAAGCCUUACGUGCCCAGGUCCAGGAGAAAAUGAAGCUGUAUAAUAUCACUUUGCCUCCACUGUGCUUUUGUGGUCCUGAUUUUUGGGAUGCUCACCCUGAUACCUGUGCCAACAAUUGUAUUUUCUAUAAAAACCAUAGAGCAUAUAAUCGAGCACUGUAUUCAGUCAUCAGUUCCUCUGAUGUCUCUGAGGGACAUUCAACUCUUCGAAACGCCAUUCAUAAUUUUGCUUCUGCACACAGAUGGAUUUUGAAAAACAUGUAAGGAGAUUUCAGAAAUCAGCUCAAUCAACUGGUACUUCAGUGUUCAUUUUUAAAUCAACUCUGGGAAAUUAUUUAGGAAAACCUGUUAAAGCAUAUCAGCUGUAUUAGCUAGAAAAAAAAAAAAAUGCUAGUCCACAUAAUUAUCUCUGUAAUUAGAAUUCUGCCUUGAGACCAAGAUUGAAAGUUGACUUCCAAAACUUGUUUCUUCUUUGUUGUGAAUCAUAGUCUGUUAUUUUAAAACUGAUCAGACAGGUAAGGUUUGUUAUAGUUUGUUUUGCUCUGAUCACAUGAGCUCAUGAGGAAUCUGUGAGCUGAUCUCACUACCAUCUUUCUAACCUGGCAUUCUUGAGUCCUAACACUAUUGAACGUCUUUAGAUAAAGCAAAAGGGAAGGUGAUAAAAUGGCUUUCUGAGCACCAGUGGCCACCUAUAUUGCCAUUAGCUUUUCUAGCUAUGUAUAAUAGUUAAAGAUGAGGAGAAUCUGAAUUUGAUACAUGUUUUCUGGGGGCUGGGGAGAUGGU